GGCGACAAUCGCCUUUUUUCCCCCUCGAAUGCUCGCAUCCCGCAUUACAUCUCCUCCUACGUUCAGCUCAGCAGGCUUUGAUCUGAUCUGAUCUGAUCUGAUGUAUCACAGCCACAUUUGAUCACAAGAAAAAAGGCAUCGCUCUCUUUUUAUUUGAUUUUGAUUUUUUUAUGCAUUGAUUAUCAAGACGGAGCCUGGGUGGUGUCACGGUACUACAAUGAUUGAAAGACCAGACUCGGCUGUUUCCAGCGUUGCGCAGAGGAAUCUGGAGGGAUAUGUGGGAUUCGCCAACCUGCCCAACCAAGUUUACCGCAAAUCUGUCAAAAGGGGCUUCGAGUUCACACUCAUGGUUGUAGGUGAGUCUGGAUUGGGCAAAUCGACACUCAUCAACUCGCUCUUUCUGACCGACCUAUAUUCCAAAGAUUAUCCCGGACCAUCCCAGAGGAUCAAAAAGACAGUGCAGGUGGAGCAGUCCAAAGUGCUAAUUAAGGAGGGUGGAGUGCAGCUCACGCUCACCAUAGUGGACACGCCAGGGUUCGGUGAUGCUGUGGACAACAGCAACUGUUGGCAGCCGGUCAUCAACUACAUCGACAGUAAAUGUGAAGACUUCCUAAAUGCCGAAUCACGCGUCAAUCGAAGACAAAUGCCAGAUAACCGAGUGCACUGCUGUCUGUACUUCAUCGCCCCCUCUGGCCACGGCUUAAAACCUCUGGAUAUCGAGUUCAUGAAGCGUCUACACGACAAAGUCAACGUAAUCCCACUCAUUGCGAAGGCUGAUACACUCACACCGGAGGAGUGCCAGCAGUUCAAGAAACAGAUAAUGAAGGAAAUUCAAGAACACAAAAUUAAGAUUUACGAGUUUCCCGACACAGAGGAGGACGAGGACAGCAAACUCAUCCGCAAGAUAAAGGAGCGGAUGCCUCUGGCUGUUGUGGGCAGCAACGUGGUGGUGGAAGUGAACGGCAGGAAGGUCAGAGGGCGUCAGUACCCCUGGGGUGUGGCAGAAGUGGAGAACGGCGAGCACUGUGACUUUACUGUCCUCCGAAACAUGCUCAUCAGGACCCAUAUGCAGGACCUGAAGGACGUGACUAAUAACGUGCACUACGAGAACUACCGCAGCAAGAAGCUGGCCGCCGUCACCUGCAACGGAGUGGACGCCAGCAAGAGCAAAGGCCAACUGACCAAGAGCCCGCUGGCUCAGAUGGAGGAGGAGAGGAGGGAGCAUGUGAUGAAGAUGAAGAAGAUGGAGGGUGAAAUGGAGCAAGUGUUUGAGAUGAAGGUCAAAGAGAAGAAACAGAAACUGAAGGAUUCUGAAGCUGAGCUGGAGAGGAGACAUGAGCAGAUGAAGAGGAACUUGGAGGUUCAGUAUAAGGAGCUGGAAGAGAAAAGGAGGCAGUUUGAGGAGGAGAAGGUGAACUGGGAGGCGCAGCAACGGCUGUUGGAGCAGCAGAAACUCGACGCUUCCAAAACCAUGGAGAAGAACAAGAAGAAAGGGAAGAUCUUUUAACGAGGCUGACGUCCGAGGCCUCAACACCACACACUCCUUUUAAAACACCCUGCUCGCAUGAUUAUGACCCCCCAGGUUCCACACACACACACACACACACACACACACACACACACACAUUUCUUUUGGAACAUUCCAGAAGCAUGAUUUUUUUUUAUCUGUAACUGAUCUGUAUCGCAGCUCUGGAUCUCCGGUUAGAUGAUGCGAGGCGCCCUCGUGUGGACGCUGACUGUUACUGCACGCACAGUGAAGCGCAUCCUACAUUUAAAUGACGAAGAGGAUUUUAUUUACCAGUCCUCUGAUAGCUAAUAGCAAGCCUGGUCAUUCCAUUUCAAACACACACACACACACACAGCUCUCUGGAACUAAGAGUAUAUAUACAGCAAACCUGAGCUUUAAGUUUGACCCCAUUUGAUCAUAUACACAGUAAUAUGUGUGUGUGUGUGUGUGUGUGUGUGUGUGUAGUAUAGAUGUACAUAUUAGCACCCACAGACAAGCUCCCUUUGUUUUUUCUUUAAAGUACCCAUCAGAAUUGAAGAUAUAUCUUCAUCCUGUGCUAAUUAAAUACUUUUGUUUUUAAAAUACUGAUAUGAUAUAAUGCAUUUUUGUCACUCGCAACGUCGCCUGAAAUUCCAUACGAGUAAAUUUUAUUCGUCAAGCUACUCCUUCUACAGCAAUGGCUUUUAUUUUACUUGCUCAAACAAAUCUCACGAAAUAAACCAUUCGAAUAUUAAAGGCUAAGCUAUCCAGCUAAUGUGUUAGCCGUGGAAAUCGCCAAGCUAGUUAAGCUAAUCAUCUUUUAGGCAACUUAAGUAUCAUAACUUCGUGAAAAUUCAUUUGAAACGACGGUCUCUUGAGCAAUAGAAAAAUAUCUCUAUACAGUAUGUAGAUAUAUAUAGAUAGAAAAUACCUUGGGCAAAUGUAUGAAAUAUUUCUUAUUCUUAUAUCGAUAUUUUCAGCCUAUUUUUGAUCGUAUAAGUUUUAAAUGUUUUUAUUAUUUUGGCAGGGUUUUUUUUGUUCGUUUGUUUGUUUCUCGAUAGAAACAAAUGCUAAGUAGGUGUCAUGAGCAUAUAUUUGGUUUAUUGGAAAUAGGAAAUAUUUGAUACAUUUGAUUCCGUUCAAAAUGUUUUCAGUUUUUCUUGAGUAUGUGUCGUGUUGAGGCGCAAAGAUUAGCUUUAGUUGGGAGAAAUAGAACAUUUACAGCAGUGUGUGGGGAUACUAACAAAACACACACACACACACACACACACACACACAGAUGUUAACGUCAGCUAUAAAUUCAGAAAUUGGUGCAUUUGUUUAGACAGCUACACACACACAUACACACACACACAGUUAUCCACUAUGCAAACAUAAACAGUUCUUCCAGCUCUCAGUUAGCGAAUGCUCACUAGUAGAACUAACUGCCAACAAGUUCUCAACACUUAACCUUAGAAUACAAAAUCAACCCCCCAACACACACACACACACACACACUUUUUUAUGUUUUUAUAUGUAUUCCUCCCCUGCAUUUUAUUAUUGUCUGUUCUGUCCAUCCUAACUGUACAUUAUUACUAUUAAAGAUGAGACGGUGAUGCUAGCUAAA